AUGGUGUCUGAAAUUGGUUUGGAUGUUCCUUUUCAAGAUUUUAAAUUAGACAAGAGAGCAGAAAAUGUUCAAAAUCGUUGGGAAUCUCGCCUUAUUAGAUACCAAAUCGCCAAUAUUUACAAUCCAAAAGUGAGAUUUUCAUUCAAUAAGUUGAGUGGUUCAGUUUUUAUAACAAGAAUGUAG